AAAGAGCAGACAGCAAGUGUGACUGCGCACCGGGCGUGCGGACGCCGCUUUGUUGCCGGAGGGGGUGGCGGUGGAAGUUGAGGGAGGGGGUCAGAGGCCAGCGCUCCUCAGGACCCGCGGUCGCCGCCGGCGCAGUCACGUCGCCCGGGAGCCUUCCGCGGAGGAGCCGCACCGACAGCAGCCAUGAGCGGCGGCGUGUACGGCGGAGAUGAAGUUGGAGCCCUUGUUUUUGACAUUGGGUCCUAUACUGUGAGAGCUGGUUAUGCUGGUGAGGACUGUCCCAAGGUGGAUUUUCCCACAGCUAUUGGCAUGGUGGUAGAAAGAGAUGAUGGAAGCACAUUGAUGGAAAUAGAUGGUGAUAAAGGCAAACAAGGCGGACCCACCUAUUACAUAGAUACUAAUGCCCUGCGUGUUCCCAGGGAGAAUAUGGAGGCCAUUUCUCCACUGAAAAAUGGGAUGGUUGAAGAUUGGGAUAGCUUCCAAGCUAUUUUGGAUCAUACCUACAAAAUGCAUGUCAAAUCAGAACCCAGCCUGCAUCCUGUCCUCAUGUCAGAAGCUCCGUGGAACACUAGAGCCAAGAGAGAGAAACUGACAGAGUUGAUGUUUGAGCACUACAACAUCCCAGCAUUCUUCCUUUGCAAAACUGCAGUUUUGACAGCAUUUGCUAAUGGGCGUUCGACUGGGCUCAUUUUGGACAGUGGAGCCACUCACACCACUGCAAUUCCAGUGCACGAUGGCUAUGUCCUUCAGCAAGGCAUUGUAAAAUCCCCUCUCGCCGGAGACUUUAUUACCAUGCAAUGCAGAGAGCUCUUCCAGGAAAUGAAUAUAGAACUGAUUCCUCCAUAUAUGAUUGCAUCAAAAGAACCUGUGCGCGAGGGAUCACCAGCAAACUGGAAAAGGAAAGAGAAGUUGCCGCAGGUCACAAGGUCUUGGCACAAUUAUAUGUGUAACUGUGUUAUCCAGGAUUUUCAAGCUUCAGUACUUCAAGUAUCAGAUUCAACUUACGAUGAACAAGUAGCUGCACAGAUGCCAACUGUUCAUUAUGAAUUCCCUAAUGGCUAUAACUGUGAUUUUGGAGCAGAACGGUUAAAGAUUCCUGAAGGAUUAUUUGACCCUUCCAAUGUAAAGGGAUUAUCAGGAAACACAAUGCUGGGAGUCAGUCACGUUGUCACUACAAGUGUUGGAAUGUGCGAUAUUGAUAUCAGACCAGGUCUCUAUGGAAGUGUCAUAGUGGCAGGAGGAAACACGCUAAUACAGAGCUUUACUGACAGAUUGAAUAGAGAACUCUCUCAGAAAACUCCCCCAAGUAUGCGGUUGAAAUUGAUUGCAAAUAAUACAACAGUGGAGCGGAGGUUUAGUUCAUGGAUUGGUGGCUCUAUUCUAGCUUCUCUGGGCACCUUUCAACAGAUGUGGAUUUCCAAACAAGAAUAUGAAGAAGGAGGGAAGCAGUGUGUAGAAAGGAAAUGCCCUUGAAGAGUGUUCCUACACCUCCACCUCCUGUCACCUUACGUUUCAUAGCUUUAGUACACUCAGGAAAAGAAUGACCAUCUUUUGUAGAAUGUUUAUACAUUUUUGCAUAUUUCAAUUUCCACUUAAAACUUUCAAGGCUUUAACUGGCUCUAUAAACUAAAAUAAGUUUGUGCUUUCCUUGGGAUGCACUUAUUCUUAUUACAAGCAUUUUAUAAUUUUAUAUAAAUGUCUAUUUUCUCUAAAUAUUUUACUUUAGUCAAAUGCUUUCCAACUCUGCUUAGGAUUAAUUACCAGUGGAUUGAUAGAGUUACUUUUUAUUGAUGAGUAAAACGUAUUGCCUAUGCUUUUUACCUUAAUAAAAAUUGCUAGCCAUCCAGAAACA